UACAGGCGAUCUUUACCAAUUGUUCGAUGAAAGUUUGCGUGCCAUCCAAGCCGCAAAAAAAUCAAGCUGACGACGUAUUGUGUAUGAAAAGACCGAGCCGCAUGAUCGAAAAAAUCGAGAAUCUUUCCAGCCUCGACAACUCUGUUCGUAGACUCUUUCUUACCAGACCAAACGGCAUUAUCGACGGAAAUGUUGCAAAGAAGCUUAACGCAUUUCCGAUACUAGAACGAUUGGACAUUCUCAACGCCAUGGUGGAAUUAACGUUUCUCGUCGUUCUGUUGCCAAACAUUCGUAUUACGUUUACCGAAUGCACGAUGCUGCUGAACGAUGCCAGACGCAUAGACGACAUCGAUCCUAAGACGUCACGUUUAACUAUUGUAGAAGCUGACGUACCGCUGGAUAAAUAUUUUGCCUUUAAACUUAAGAGAAUAACUAAUCUCAAACGACUGAAAGUUCUUAACUGUAAACUAAAGCUAUCUUUUUUUGAAUCAUUGCCAACGCAUAUUGCGGUCGAUUUCUGCGACUGCAAUCUUACCGAUCAUAUUUCUGUCAGUGUUGAAUAA